AUGGCCUCCAACGAGCUCCCCAAAACGACAUCUCAAUACGUCCUAAAGACGCAGAAGGGCUUUGAAUCCCUAGAACUCGAGCACGAUGUAUCUCUUCCGAAACUCGGCGAUUACGAUUGCCUCGUACAGAUUCAGGCUGUCUCCCUCAAUUACCGUGAUCUGAUCAUUGCGAAAGGACAAUAUCCCUUCCCCGUGAAGACACCUGUCAUUCCCUGCUCCGAUGCAGCAGGCAACGUGCUCGCUGUUGGACCCAAGGUGACCGAGUUCGAGGUUGGCGACAAAGUCUGCACUCUCUUCAACGAGAAACAUCAAGCCGGCGCACUUACGCCAGUAGCUGUCGCUUCAGGUUUGGGCGGUGCAUUCGACGGUACUCUACGACAGUACGGUGUCUUCCCAGAACACGGCCUGGUCCCAGCACCAACCAACCUCACACCUACCGAGGCAGGAACUCUAAGUUGUGCCCCUCUCACAGCAUGGAACGCCCUCUACGGCCUAGAGUCCAAAGCGCUGAAACCAGGUCAGGUCGUCCUCACCCAAGGCACAGGCGGUGUUUCCGUCGCCGCCAUCCAAUUUGCCAAAGCAGCAGGCGCAAUCGUCAUCGCCACCAGCAGCUCCGAAGAAAAAUGCAAGUUCCUGAAAGAGAAACUCGGCGCAGACAUCACGAUCAACUACAAGACACACCAAAACUGGGGCGAACUUGCCAAGAAGCACUCCCCAGACGGCGAAGGUGUGGACCAUGUCAUCGAGAUCGGCGGUCCAAGCACAAUGGAGCAGAGCAUGAAAGCCAUCAAGAUGGAGGGUGUGAUCACUGUCAUCGGCUUCGUGGGCGGUCCUGGUGCAGAGAAGCAGCCGAGCACGCUGGAUACAUUGACGUAUACGUGUACGGUGCGAGGUAUUCUGGUGGGUAGUCGACUUCAGUUCAAGGCUAUGAAUCGUGCUAUUGAUGCGGCGAACAUUCAUCCUGUGGUUGAUAAGACUUUUGAGUUUGAGAAGGCACAGGAGGCGUAUCAGUAUCAGUGGGAUCAGAGACAUAUUGGAAAGGUAGUGAUACAGCUGGGACGUCUGCAGUAG